AUAACUGUAGAUUAGUCUACUAGGAUUCGAGAUAUGGCAUCAGUGAUCGGUAUCACUCAAUGGAAACAAUUAUACAUUUGUGGCUAUCAUUUAAUCCACCAGACUCGUGCCUCGCCCCCUCCAGUGUAGAUUUAAAUCAUCCUUUGUUUACAUGAUGCAGUCCCUCUGUCCGCGGAAGGAGGCUUUUGGUAGUGCUGUGUGAUUCCUACCAGCUGUUUCCCGCCUUGAAAGACAUCCGAUCAGCUGCAACUACACACAUACACGUACAUGCAGAAGGAAAGAGAGAGAGAGAUUGAGAGCGCCACACAACGAGGGAACCCUAUCAGCUGGAAGUAGAGUAACGUUACAACUCAGAGUGCUCUGCUACUACAUAAGGCAUUUUCCGAAUGAUGAAAUUAUUCUAGAUUUAUGAACGAGGGAAUUUGCACCUGAAACAUAUUUUGUUCGUUAAUUCAUUUGAACCGGGGGACACAACUGGAGAGGAAAGCAUGGAGUAUUUCAUGGUACCAGCACAGAAGGUGCCCUCCUUGCAACAUUUUAGGAAAACGGAGAAGGAAGUGAUUGGGGGUCUUUGCAGCCUGGCGAACAUUCCCCUGACCCCGGAGACGGCACGCGACCAGGAGCGGCGGAUCCGUCGGGAGAUCGCCAACAGCAACGAGCGGCGGCGUAUGCAGAGCAUCAACUCCGGCUUCCAAUCGCUCAAGACGCUCAUCCCCCACAGCGACGGAGAGAAACUCAGCAAGGCGGCCAUCUUGCAGCAGACAGCAGAGUACAUCUUCGCUCUGGAGCAGGAGAAGACACGACUACUGCAGCAGAACAGCCAGCUCAAACGCUUCAUUCAGGAGUUCAGCGGCUCCUCCCCAAAGAGGAGGCGCGGGGCGGAGGAGAAGGAUGAAGGGAUCGGUUCCCCAGACAUUUUGGAGGAGGAGAAGACGGAGGACCUGCGGAGGGAGAUGGUGGAGCUGAGACAGCAGCUGGACAAGGAGCGCUCUGUUCGAAUGAUGCUGGAGGAGCAUUUGAGACAGGAGGAGGUCUGCUGUGUUGUGGUUGGUGGUACUCAGCCUGAACAUGUGUUAGGAACUCACUCCGAGCAGCAGGAGAGAGCCAGCACCCCAGCCCACAGCCCACAGAAGAUGGUUGUCAUGACAUUAGCAUCAUCACUAGCGGCUACACGAAGUGGUAGACAAACGUGCUGGCCCCCAGGUCGCCCCCCCGCCCCCACCCACCACCCCACAGUCAUCGUCCCAGCCCCCGCACAAGCCCCGCCUCACCAUCACGUCACUGUGGUAACCAUGGGCCCGGCCUCUGUCAUCAACACAGCCUCCACGUCUCGCCAGAACCUGGACACCAUUGUGCAGGCCAUCCAGCACAUUGAGAGCAUCCAGGAGAGGGUGGGAGAGGAGGAGCAGCGCCGGGCGGUGAUCGUCACCCAGGGACGCGCCCUCACAGACACAGCGGGGUCCGACACGGCGUCCGACAGCGAGGGGCCAGAGGACUGCUCACUGCCCUGAGGCCUCCCAUCACACACAGGGGCCACGAGAGGGGGUCCCGUACAACACCCACAAUACUCUGAUUAUAUGGCCAUUUAUUAGGUUGGAUAGACGGAUCAGACUCUCACACACACACACACACACACACACACACACACACACACACACACACACACUAAACUAGGAUAGUCUACUGUAACCGGAUAAUUACACAUACACACUUCUUUCUGUCUCUCUUUUCUGCUUUCUUGCUUUUUCUCAAACCGGACAAAAAAAUCAGUAGAAAGGUGAUGGGUUGACCUGACAGUUCCACAUAGCUCAAGCAGCAAGCAGCCUUCCCAUCGGUCACGACGCACCCAUCCAACCCACUCCCUCUCUGGGUCUUGCUUCUCCAGAGAGCUGCCUGAGGAUGGAAGUGUCACACCCCGGUCCAGCCCGGUCCCUUGGCUCAGUUGUCCAAUGGAGACUCUUUCUCAUCUUCUCCAAAACCAACCAAGCAACUUAUAUGCCCAGCGAGCAGGAGAGCGCGCCUGGAUAGGACAGGUGUACCCCAACCAGCAGCACAGCCGUCCCAGGCGACCCCACACCCCUCCAUACUAGAGAUAAUUUCUCCAGGAAGUCUUCUACUUCCUGUAUCUCUUCACUAUAUUUCUGCCCAGGGGGAUCUCCCCUGAGCGAUGAGACACUGUGAGCAUUCAAAGACACAUUCUGAAUCAGUUCCAACACACCUUUUUGGCUCCUUAGUAAGAGAAAAUGUUGUCAUUUUUCUGUUGUACUUUACAAAGAAUUUGUAAGAGUUUGUGUUACAAUUUUUCUUUUUCAUCUUGUGUUCUGCUCGGGGGCUGUGGUCGAUAAAUCACAGGGAUUGUACUGAAACGUGACAGCACAGAAAGGCCCAUAUUGACGCAGCUAGAGGUCUGUUCAUUUCAGUGGUGCUGUUAGGAGACAAAGCUAAAGCUAAGCUUACUAUGGAAAGAGGAGGAGUGCACUUACAGUUCCCUCUCUCUUUUAGCGCCAUCACACUUUUUACUGGGCUGGGUUCCCAGUAGACAUUUAUGUAGGCGACACUCCCCUAACUACAAAAAGUAUGUUGGUUCCAUCGGUAGUACAGACAAAAACCUGUAACACUGAUUCACCCUUUUGUCUGUUGCUUCUGGCAUUUUGGCAUCUAGCUUGUUGAAUAAGCUAAUCGAUGGGUACGUCUUGAGUUUUUAAAACCCUUUGUGUGUUUUUGCUCUUGUACACAUAGGGUAGGCUGGUGUAUCCAGCUCCACGCUGUAAUUAGGUGGGUUGUGUUCAGGGUUAGGAAAGCCCUGUAUUUGGGACAGGCCUCUGUUUGAUAUUGUAGGAGAACACACACACCCUCCUGUGCAAUUAAUGGUCCCACAUCUGAUAACGCUCCUCCCAUCAUCUGAUAACGCUCCUCCCACAUCUGAUAACGCUCCUCCCAUCAUCUGAUAACGCACCUCCCAUCAUCUGAUAACGCUCCUCCCAUCAUCUGAUAACGCUCCUCCCACAUCUGAUAACGCUCCUCCCAUCAUCUGAUAACGCUCCUCCCACAUCUGAUAACGCUCCUCCCACCAUCUGAUAACGCUCCUCCCACCAUCUGAUAACGCUCCUCCCACAUCUGAUAACGCUCCUCCCACAUCUGAUAACGCUCCUCCCAUCAUCUGAUAACGCUCCUCCCACAUCUGAUAACGCUCCUCCCAUCAUCUGAUAACGCUCCUCCCAUCAUCUGAUAACGCUCCUCCCAUCAUCUGAUAACGCUCCUCCCACAUCUGAUAACUCUCCUCCCAUCAUCUGAUAACGCUCCUCCCAUCAUCUGAUAACGCUCCUCCCAUCAUCUGAUAACACUCCUCCCACAUCUGAUAACACUCCUCCCAUCAUCUGAUAAAGCUCCUCUCAUCAUCUGAUAACGUUCCUCCCAUCAUCUGAUAAAGCUCCUCCCAUCAUCUGAUAAAGCUCCUCCCAUCAUCUGAUAAAGCUCCUCCCAUCUGAUAAAGCUCCUCCCAUCAUUUGCCCCCAAGUUUUGGAAAUGUCUCUGAUGUUUGUGACUUUAGAUCCUUAAUGGCCAAUGAUAUUGGUUGACUGAGCAUUUGACUCUUAUGUAUUCACUAAUAGGAACAACCGUCCUGAGGGGGGGCAGGUAUCUGUGGCAUCACCAUACUACUCAGCAUCGUGAUACUUGGCUUGGUAUCACGUCAUUAGUAAAAUGUUGAUAUUGUGACAACCCCACUCUGAAAAUAGGCACAUUUUCUAGCAGUUUCCACAGAUUUCUAGUGUGUCUCCGUGCAAAAAAAAAUGUUUUGGCACCUUUUUGGGCCCUCACCAGUUAGCAUCCCUGGCUAUUGUCAGUUUUUAUUAUUGUGCUUUUGAGCAUGUAUCAUUCUCUCUGUAAAGACUAUGGUGGUUUUGUUGUGCCCCAGAUAUGACAGUGGUUUACAGGGACACUUUUUCAAAAGCCUGAGUUUUCCCAGGCUGACCUGAUUGAAACCUUGCUGUAUUGGAGGUUCUCCUAUCCCGUGGAGUGAGGGGGGAAUGCAGACAGACACAUGAACAGUCAUGGUGGGUUAGAGAAACCCAGAUUCUGUGCAGAUUGUCAGAUCCUUACAAUACUUAGAGAAAUUGUGCAGAAUAUGCCCAUCUGGAUUGUACCCAGUAUACCACGCUGCCUGGGGUGUGCGGAGAGAGAGAGGGGCAGCGGUUUGCCAUAACGCAGCUUCUAAUGUGCAGGGUAGGCACUGUGAGGCCAGCCUUAACUCAACCCUGGAGUCAGAGCGAGAAAGAGGUAGAGGCUGGCUACAUGUAUAGGGAAAGCCUGAACACUGUUCAAUGGGAUUGAUACUGUAACAUUUUUGUCGAGAACCUCCCAAUAUAAAUACACACUUGGCGGCUUAAGCUUUGUUUUAGUGUGCUGUGGUUUCCAAAAGGAGAUGUGGAUGCAUUGUUUUUAGACAUUCCAGAAGAUUCCACCAGUACCUUUAGCAUCUUUAACUGGCACUUUUCAAGAGCAAAAAGCAACGGUUUUGUCCCAGAGGUUAUUUUUGGCCACAAUACGGCCAAUCGCAAAAUAGUUGUUUUUGAUGUGAAAUUAUUUGAUGGCAAAUUGGAUUGAUUUGUUGAUUGUCCCUUAUGUCUUCCCUUUGAGUGGAGAGGGAGUCCUUUUACUGCUGGACAGAUGAGACGCAUCUCCCUCCUAUCCUUCCUUCUUGGUAUUUACAGUGGAUUCACACUGGCCACGUUCAAGGCCACUUCAUUGCAGUCGCAUGCCAGAACCUCACAAUGCCUGGAUAGGUGUUUUUGUAUCAGCUUACCACCAAAUGAUACCGCCAACUGAUGCCCGACUGGAAAGUCAGGUGAAGUGGCACGCAACCGUGGGUUGCUGCGUGCAGUGCGACUGCAAUGUAGUCAGCCUGGAACGCGACCACUGUGUUCACCCAGGAAGAAAACCAACUUAGCCAUGUUGAGUUCCAUUAUUUGGAAAUGGUCAGUGAUUCUUGAGGUGUGCCCUCUAUAAACCUUAUAAUCUGGAUCGGAGGGGGCAGUCCUCCAAUCCAGUCCUAUUGAUUACUGAACAAAAUGUUAUUUUUUUUGUUUGGUUACGCUUUAUGCUAUGUCCGUAGAAACCUUUUCGUACCCCUUUUCAGUACCUGUGUUCAAACAUUUCCUCUGCUGAUGCCAAGCACUGUCCCAUAGAUUUUUGUUGUGUAUCUUCUAUACGAUAUCUCUGUUAGAUACAUAACAGAUUGUCUGUGAGGUGGGCAGGGUCAGUGAAUGGGGGGGUUACGGUUCUAAAGCACUUACUGUACUAUAUAUGGGAGAGGGUUCCUCUUAUUUUUCUAAAAGGGGGCCUCUCCUCGGCUGAAGCUCUUGAUAUGUUGUGAGACUAAAACCACACAGCUGUGUAUUUCCCCCUUUCCCUGUGUCUGACCCGGUCAUAUACCCUGGGUGUAUUCAUUAGGCACCAAAUGGAAGAAAAUGGACUGAAACAGGGAGAUACUACCUGACCUUGCCCAAUAAGAAACAGUUGUUUUAAUUUUCCAUUGCUACGGUGUGCCCUAGUGAAUACAACCCCUGUCCCAUGUCUGUCUGUCCCUCAUCUCUUUGUCUGUCUGUAGUCAACACAAGACUCUCGUCCUGUCUUCCCUCUCCGUCACUCACGCCCUCCUCUCCUCCCCAGCUCCUCUUUAUCUGUUGUCUUAUGUUUUGUUGGACAGUCAGUCCACACGGUCGUUGAGAAGCUAUUAUAUUUAGAGGUUUUUUUAAGAAGAAACUUGUGGGUGGAUAAAGAAGAGGCUUGUGCCUUUUGUAAAGACAGAAUAAUAAAGUUUGUACUUCGUUUUUUA